CUUUGGCCAGUGGGAGUCCAGAAAUCUGCUCUCUCCCUCCUCAUAUCUCGACUGGGAGGCUCUCGGCGGCGGUCGGGUGACGACUGCAUGCUGUCCUUCGGCGGACACCGAGCUGUUACGGUAGCGGCCAUACGAGGAAACGCUCGCCUGGGAAGGACUUAUGUUCUACGGCUAGAAAUCGACGAAGUAUCGGAGAACCAUGGGCGUGGAAGUCGAGACAAUAUCUCCCGGUGAUGGAAGCACAUUUCCAAAGAAGGGUCAGACGUGUGUGGUUCAUUACAUAGGUAUGCUGCAGAACGGCAAAAAGUUUGACUCAUCCCGAGACAGAAACAAGCCCUUCAAGUUCAAGAUCGGACGCAACGAGGUGAUCAAAGGCUGGGAGGAAGGCGUGGCUCAGAUGAGCCUCGGCCAGAGGGUGAAGCUCACCUGCACGCCGGACGUUGCCUAUGGCCUCACGGGCCACCCCGGCGUCAUCCCUCCCAACGCCACGCUCGUUUUCGACGUGGAACUACUCAAACUGGAGUGAAAACAGUUGUGCGGAGGAACCCGGUUGAUGCGCUAACGCUCCCCCCAACGCCAUCCCUCUCUUGUCCCAGUCACUAUUUAAAUGCAUCCAAAGUCAUACUAUACUGCAAUCAAAACACUCACAGCCUUACAGUGUUAGCAACAGAGCAUAAGCACAUUAAAAAAUAAAGUCCCUACGUCUUGACUGGGUAUUUUCUAUACAAACACAAUGCUUACAUACACUACUGACCUGAUUGCAUCACCACUUUAAUCAGGGUUUGUCCUGCUGAAUGCUCCUGAAAACAUUGCCAUAACUAUGUAUUUGUAACCUCUUUCCCAAUAAAAAGCAUUGACUGCACGUGUGUUUUCCCUAGUCAACCCGGUCAGAUGGCGUACAGAACUGUUGCUGCUUAUCAUUUUUGUUGAUUAACUCUAAAAUAAAAAUGGCAUGUUAUUA